UGGGGUCACCGGUGAUAAAAUCACUGGGUUGUCGAGGAUGAGUUAUCGAGGGUAGAACCUGCAGCAUUGGCAGUGGAUGGGUUUAUGGGCUGUUCAAGUUUGAGUGGUGACCAAAGUCGAGGUCCUGGCAGCGAGGUUCACGACGCGACUUGAGAAAGUAGGUACGUGACGUGACAGACCCACCUUCUGAGCGCGAUCCAUUAAUUGAUAUGGCACGUGCACUAGCCCCACCAUUCAUUCAUUGCCCCACGACAACAAACCUCCCGUCCUUUGUGACGUGAGAAGAAGGUACCAAGGUACCUCUAUAGCAAGCCACUCAUACACAUCAAACUCCCCAACCUCAACCCUAUAACACCUUUUUAUCGAUACAGUCAUUUAUUAAAUGGCAGAUCGCCAUAGUUCUCAGACUCGGGCCGGGGGCCCUGGAGUCUCAAGAGUCCGCAGUGGCAUCACAGGCCCCAGUGUUCGCCGUAACCUGUUCCAGAGCCAGUUGACUCGCAGACCAACCGCCAGCUCCUCUAAUUCUGCCGAGACUCUUAGACUCGACGCCGAUGCUCAGUCCGAGUCUUCCGACAUUGUGAUACGCGACAAGGACGGGGAGGUCGAGAUGGAUGACCCCCCCACGCCCUCCAUCGACGAGCCAGACGAUGUUCCACUUGAUGCAAGGCACGACAACGAGAAGGAGAGGCAAAGGCUGGCCGAGGCGGUAAAGCAACAUCAGAUUGAUCAGAACAGUGUGCCUUCUCAACCAGAAGAAGUUCUAGAAGUCGUUAGGGCGAGCUUGAGAGCCAAAGUUGCGGCGUUGGCUGAAGACAAUUGGAUGUUUGAACGCGAAGAGGUUUCAAGGUAUCAUUAACUGGAAAGAGGCUGGAUGCCUGCUGGAUUCACGGCAAACGUCC